AUGAUAAUCAGACCCAAAGCAAGCCCCGAAGAUCUUGCCUUCGGUAGUGCGGCCUUCCCUUGCUCCACUGCCUGUGAUCAUACAUUACUUCGAAUACCUACUGCGUCGCUCGACCUAGGCACCAAGGACAACUGCUCGGACCUUUCAACCACACAAGAGAUCUCCUCGAUACCAUCACCAGCUCGACAGAAAAGUAUUGAUCCACAAUACCCUGAAGACGCUUCUGAAGAGGACAACACGUCUAGUGGAAACGAGCCUGGAUGUGACUCGCAUCCUCUCCAUCGCAACAAAGAACUGAAGGCAUUUCCCAACGUGACAACAAAUUGUGGAUUGGGCCUGACGAAAUGCAACCAGGUUAACGGCAUUAUUAAGACAUUUCAUUUCAUCGUCGGUAGCGAGGUGCCUGAGGUAUUUGAGGAGGAGCGUGAGGACGUUCAGUUCUGUGUGGCUGAUGGUGGUUCGGUGAAGCUCAUUAAAAUAGAUGCUAACAUGGCCUAA